AUGCCUGAAAACUUUGGGAAUUUAUUGUACUACACAAACGAUGUCAACUGCAACGAUGACCCUUACAAAGGGUUGAAGGUUUUGACGAAGCAAGGAACUGCGGAUUGCAACGAUCGUGUCAUUUUCGACGUACCUGAUGACAAAGCGGCUCUCAAACUGGACGAGUGUAUGUUUCAAUUCAAGAUGACAAUCCCGGAAAAUUUCGUGCCCGACAACGAUGUUCACGCUAAAAUUGUCAAAAAGCUUGAUGUAAAGAUUCUUGAUAAUAGGAUCUUUUCAUCGUUUGACACUCACGAAUAUACGUUCUUCAAUCAUUUUAUCACAAAGUUGAAUUACUCUCCGCUGGCGCAAGAGUGUGAGCUUUUUCCCAGCGGACGAUUUGACAGCUUGGAUCCGGAUUCUGAAGAAUUGACAACGAUUCAAGUGAGAAGAAACGGUCUUAACUUGGCGGAAAAUCGUCGACAGUAUGGAAAUUCUCGAUGGCAAAAAGCGCAAGAAAAAAUCAAUGGCUACAACUAUGAGAUUUUGAUGUAUGAUUAUUCUUUCCGAGCGCCGAUAAUUCACGGUCUUUGCCGUCAAAAUAGAGUGCUUCCCUCUGGAUCACGCCCGAAUUUCGAAGUUUAUCUGAACGAGCAAGGCAAUGUUUUGAUGGAAGUCGAAAAAUACACCAAAUGCCGAAUGACUGUACCUGGAAUUAAUUCUCUGACGACUGGAGAUUUGCCACCAAAUAUCAAGACAAUAGAUUCAGAACGAGCGCAUGCAACUAAAGCCGAUUGUGAUUGCACCGAUGAAAAGUACCGAUCCGGGAAAUAUAAAAAUUUGAAGCAGAUUCAAGCCAAAGGAGAAGUGAUUGAAACAGUUCUUUCUAAACUGUAUGGAUCCGAUACCUUCAAAGCUCAUAGCUUUGAUGAAGCUGUUGCUAGUGUCACAAUGGAUACAGAGGACGAACGAUAUGGCUACAUUUGGAUGGAUCUGAAGCUUGACCCAAAGUCGACGGUUGAAGUCAAAGAUUAUAUUCUUGAGGCGGCAUACUGUGAACCUGGCAAGGAAGAAAAACCACUCUCGACGGGCGUUAAAGGUGAAGGGGUGAUUCCCUUUUUUUACCCUCGUUUUACUAGAAAAACGCUGCCAGUUGGACUCAGUCAACACGAUAUCGAAUUGAGCACAGGACCGUUACCAAAGAUGAUCAUUAUAACAGGAAUGCCACACGGACGCUACGAUGGUCACAAUUUCCGACUGUGCACAACAAAAACAUCGAUGAUUGAUGAAAAAUUCCGAAUCAAGUCUUUUACGGUAUUUGUUGAUAAUCGACCUGCAUUUAGAUCGCCCUGGACGACGGCUCAAGAACACUACAUAAAUUACAUGAAGCACAAUGGCCGCUGGGCCAAUAAAGCGGUUGCACUCGGUCAAGACUUUUUUGCUUUUCAAAAGUACAAUUGGAUGGUGCCACUUUUCUUUGACGAUCGAGUUGGAAGCACGGGGAUUGUGACUGUUCGAAUUGAAUUUGAAGAAAAUUUGGAGGAACAUUGGGAUGCAUGCAUUAUGAAGAUUCCCCGAAACGAGCUAUUUUUGGAUGCGAAUAGAAACGAAGCGAGCGUAUUGCAAAAAAAGCGCAGCUGGAAAGAAGCGAAAAGAACCUGA